AUGCAUUCGGCUUCAAAUGAUGUUGCACUCGAGCAGUGUCUCCUUCAUUUGCCUCUUCUUGUUUUGUCUGCAAAACCUCCUAUAACGGAGGUGUACUCUCGUUGCCAAAAGACUAUUGCUUCGAUACCUCUGCCACUCUCUCAACCGUCCAAAGGUCUUGAACUCCAGUCAUUUCUGGAUGUUGAUCAACCUAUUGCACUUUGAAAAGUUAAGUGCUCUUGUACCCUUCUAGUUCUACUGCUCAUCCUAUUGACUAGUUUCUGGAAGAUAAUAGCUUAUCUUCCACCAUUCGUUAUUUUACUUCAUCUAUUUUGUCUACUUCUGUACCUCACACUGUUCAUGAAACUCUUGUUCAUCCUGAGUGGCGUCAGGCUAUGGAAGAGAAGCUCACUACUCAAUUAGAUGUCAAAAAUACUUUUUUGCAUGGUGAAUUUAAUGAGGAAG